GGUCAAGAUUUUAGUUUAGAUCCGUUUAGCUGUGUGAUUUAGAAAGAUUUGGAUUUAGAGGGGUUUCCGCCUCAGCCCUGCGCAUUAAGCACCGGAUCAGCAGAUAAGUUAUGAGUGAGUCUCGCCGCGGACUCGCUGACCGGUAGCUCCCCCUACAUGCAGACACUUAGCCCAGAUUCUGACUAGUAGCCUCCCUGCUCUCAAGAACAUUUUGGAGAGAUUUUUGUUUUCGCGUGGGGCUGUUUACGUAGGAGUGUUUCGUUGCGGCAUCAAACACAAACACAUGUUGUUCACGAAUCCUCCAUCACGAGACAGUAUCAACAUGGACUUAGCGUAUGCAAUGCACAGUAUACACUCAUUUGACGUUACACCAUCAUUGUUUUUCCAUUCGCACAUGCACUUUCUUUUUUGAUUGUUUUUUCCAUUCCACACAAGACGAGACUUACUUUUUUUGUUGACUUCUGGCCACCUGUACUAACGUAUCGACAUUGACUGACUGGCUUCUGAAUAACGAUUCCGACGAUCACGUGAUCACGCUUCACCUUUUACAUGAAUUAAUGUUUUUUUCCGACUGGCAAUGAAAGUUGAGUCUGCCCUGGCGGCAGGCGCAGGCAAUCGCAAGCAUGCAUUGUUGGAAGCCGUCCUUUCUUCUUGCUACUAAGCGAUUCUCGCUAGCUAGCACGGGUGAUCG